GUAGUCCAUCCCAAAGCCCGCUUUCUCCGAGAUCGUCCGCCCAAACUUCUCCUUUUCAGGGCCACUCUACAAUCAAUCACAUAGCACAUGCAGCGUUCCCAACUCCGCCGUUCAACGCUUGAUCAGGCGCACCCAGUGCAUCAAAGGUAGUGCCCAGCCACCCCCAGGAUGAUCUUGGCCAGUAUGAUAUGGGCGAGAAAAUGAGUGACCUCCGGGCGCAAAAGGGCCCAGACACAGCAGACUCUCAUCAAUCAAGAAUGUCUUCCCCUAUUUCACCAGCCAACUCUAUACAGUCAACUCCCGGAAAUCGACCGGGGCAACGUAUGAUGCCUCGCACAUCCUCAAUUGACUCGGCAAUUUCCUCGCUCUCAUCCGCUUCGCAAUCACACAAGUCUUCAUUUGAUGCUAAUGCGCUAAGUCAGGCGGACAUCGGGAAUUUGAUCGCUACAGCAGGAUCGGCAGAAGCCGUAAUCAUACACCUUCUUAAGGAGAAGCAUCAUGCAGCGUCCCAGAACUCACAGCUUUGGAGGCUGGUUGAUAAACAGAGAACACUCAUUAUGGGUUUGAAUCGAGAUCUCGAACGUGCCUUGAAAGAAAAGGAGCGCUAUAGGAAGAGACUGAAAGAGAUACAAAACUCGCCGCCACCGUUGCCAGUCGAAUCAAAAAUACAACAACCAAUUACCGAAACUGUAGGCCUUCCGAUCAGGCACGAGCCUUCCGAGAAAGGCCAAGUGCAGUCCCAAAGAGUUUCUCUCAAUCACAAGCAUUCGAGUACCCAGGGGCAUGAAUUUGCGCAGCACCGUACACCCACUGGCGAGGGACCAGAUUCUUCAAGGUCGGGUAAUUUGCAAGGUCUUGGAGUUGGCGAGCUGUCCGCUGGACUCAACAAGGGAAUUGCGACAACAAAUCCCAUAAAUCAUUCUGAUCGGUCCCAAAAAACACCAAAUAUCCAGUCGCUGGUCUAUACUCGACAAGAACUAGCAGCAGUGAGUCCUGCCACUUCAACAAGUUCUAGCCCUACCGCAGAUAACCCUACGUCCUGUGAUGAAAAGCAAAGAGUACCACAUCCGGCUCGAAAGCCCCCUCCUGCGCCUUUAAGCCUUGUUCAGACAGAUCAUGCAAGGAUAGAGAACCGUAUUGUCUCCGAUUCCGACUCCGAGUAUGACGAUAUUUUGGCCGCAAAUGAAUUUCCAGUGGAACGUGGACGAAGAAGGACAAGGGACGACGAUGAUCGUGAACGCGAAGCGGCACUAGCUCGAGACAGAGACACUAUGCAAGACACUGGCGCACAAGGAACCAAUGCUCAUGAUUCCAUGAAUACCCAGCCCGCCCCAGACCUGCAGCAAACACCGCCAAUUACCUAUCCCGAGUCUUCAGCUUCCAGUCCGCGCAUGAGACAAGCAGGAUCAUUUGGUCAUCGACUUGCCAUCACUAUUCCAAAGAGCCCCGGCUUGCCGGUAAGCCCUAGGCCCGAAGACCGCCCUCUUGGUUCUCCUUUACCACGAAUGCCUAGGGGAAAAGCUGGUUCCUUGCCUUCCUUGUCUAUGCCCUCAGAAAACAAUGUAUCUGGGCUAGCUCUCUCGCCUCGCAUUGGCAGGUAUCAAACCCCCUUAUCAACUACCCCUGUUUCGUCUGUCACGACGAUAAACGGUUCUACACAUAACUCCGUACCUGUGGAUGCUUCCCCUCGGCCUAUUCCAUCAAUUGAUGCGACCGUUACGAUGGAUUUCCCUCGGUCGCCAACUGUGAGAAACAAUACCAUAUACCAGGGUCUAGUCUCGGAGGUAUUUCCGGAUCUUUUACUGCCCCCCGAUGCUCUUCCUUCCAUAUAUGUGAAGGUCUCAUCGUCACGACUACGGCCAUCUAGAAACAGUUAUAUGGCUUCGAAGCCGCUGGAGGAUGAGCCGGUAUUUACAUUGGGCGUCUUUUCAAGAUCUCAAAAUGUAGAGCUGUGGCGCAUCGAAAAGGUAAUCGCAGCCCUGCCUCAACUUGAACAGCAGAUACGGCAUCUGUCUACUUUCGGGGGGAAACUGCCCGAUCGUUCUAUUUUCAGUGGUCAUUCCCCGGCUAAAGUAGAUGCGAGACGUGCCGCAUUGAACACCUACUUCGAAUUUCUCCUCGAUACUCCAAUGGAUGACAAGGCAGCAAUGGCCAUCUGUCAGUUCCUGACUUCUGACGCGAUUGAGCCUCGAGAUGACGAAAUGAGUUUACUGAAUGGUGACAAGAAACCAGGUGCCGAAGUUUUACGCGGUCCAGAUGGAAGACCCAGGAAGGAAGGGUAUCUAACGAAAAGAGGGAAAAACUUCGGCGGCUGGAAGGCACGAUAUUUUGUCCUGCAUGGAUCUGAACUUAAAUAUUUCGAAUCUCCAGGUGGCCCUCAUCUUGGGACCAUAAAAAUCUAUAAUGCCCAGAUUGGCAAGCAGUCGCAGAGUGCAAGCCAUCAGAGCAACUCUCCCUCUCGAGUUGAAGAAGACUCCGACAAUCAAUAUCGCCACGCCUUCCUCAUCCUGGAACCUAAGCGGAAAGACUCUUCAGCCCUUGUUCGCCAUGUCCUAUGUGCCGAGAGUGAUGAAGAGAGGGAUGCUUGGGUCGAUGCACUUUUGGAAUAUGUUGAGAGCCAAUCCGAAAAUGAUGGGGAUACUAUCACCCCAACAUCUCAAACAGCGACGGCAGGAAAACAGAGUGCCGACGCCAAUACCAACUCUAGAUUGCUCUCUAAUGGAGCCAGAAGGGCUUGGAAGGGGGCAGAUGAUGCCGACACGGAGGGCCCCAAUGCUGUUCAGGGGUUCUCCUACGACGAUGCUGUACCUGCUGAACCACCUGUCAUUGGACCAACGUUUGAUAAGCAGACUGACAAAUCUCCCGUGGUCUCCUCGGUGCCUUCACUGGAUGCGGCGGACACCACUCAAGACCAAGCUCAACCUUCGUAUAGACUCAUAUCCGGCCCUACGAAUGGGGCUGUGAUUCACAAUGCAGGAGCUUGGGGCAACAAGGCGGUCACAAGCGUGAAAGAAAAGAAACGCAGUAUCUGGGGAUUCCGCACGAGAUCAUCGUUCGACCUUGCUUCUCAACUUCAAGCCACCUCUGAUCCUCAGACAUCUCAGCUUCAUAACAUCGGAGACAGAAGAGAAUUUAUCAGGCCAGUUUUUGGCUUGGCUUUGGCUGACGCGGUUCAAUUCUGCGCUCCGCACGGAAUCACCGUGGACCUCCCCGCUGUCGUUUAUCGUUGUGUAGAAUACCUCAAAGCCAAGGGAGCUGAGUCCGAAGAGGGCAUUUUCCGAUUGAGUGGGUCGAAUCUUGUUGUAAAAGCGCUAAAGGAGCGGUUUAAUACUGAAGGAGAUGUGGAUUUCCUUGCUGAUGACCAGUAUCAUGAUGUCCAUGCUGUCGCCUCUCUCUUCAAACAAUACCUUCGCGAGCUUCCCACAACUGUUUUGACCCGCGAACUCCACUUGGAGUUUUUACGUGUGCUUGAGCUCCAUGAGAAACAGCAAAAGAUUGCCGCGUUCAAUAUUCUUGUCCACCGACUUCCAAAGCCAAAUUUGGCUUUGCUGCGAGCAUUGGUCCAGUUCUUGAUAAUCAUCGUUAGCAAUUCCGACGUUAACAAGAUGACAAUCAGAAAUGUUGGCAUUGUGUUUGCCCCUACACUGAACAUUCCAGCUCCUGUUUUCUCGAUGUUUCUCACUGACUUCGAGGGUAUCUUCGAUGAGCUGCCAACGGUUAACACGGAGCUUUCUGAUCUGAGCGUCGACCAUUCGACUUCCCUUGAAGAUUUUGGCUACCCCCGCCGCCAGAUGAUCUCCGAUAUCUCUAACAUGGGUUAUAGUCGAAUGGGGUUCCGCGAGCACCCUGGUUCUGUCGAUGCGCUCAAUCCGCACAUUGACAUCGGCUAUGUCUCGACCCAAACAAUGCAUGAGCCUUCCGCUAGCAGUGGGCCGGACGAACAUGAUCAUUCACAGUCAAGCUCGUAUUCCGCAAGCAGAAUGUUGUCACCAAACAUUGACAACUCUCGUGCAGCCAAGGCGAAAAGAAGAGAAAGUUCUCUACUUUUAAUGGACGUCAAUCAUCAGGGCUUUCCUACCCCAUUUCAAGGGGAACACGUAUGAGCUCUAUGCGUGCUCUGUUUGAGAGGCCAUGUUACCAGCAUAGAAACCAAUAACGUUAAUCAACUAUAUUGGCCGCAUAAGCUAUUUGUCUUCCAUGCGGGCCAUCCUGUCGUCAUUUCUCCUUUGUCUACUUUUACGCCAACACUUGUCUGUUAUCGUCCUGUGCCUUUCAAGCUCCUCCAAUUUUGCCCCGUAUCUAUGACCGAGUUCGACGAUU